AGAUAAACGGAGGAUAACACUGACCAUAGCGUGAGGUUCAAGAAUGGAGGUGUGCCUCAAAUCUGCAUAUAGACAAAGCAGACCACGUAUGAUUGCUAAAUUGAACUCUGAAUGUGUAGUUCAGUGUAAUUGCUGAUGGUUAAAAUCUGCGAUUGUGAUGUAUUUUGCUUAGUUAUAACUUAUUAGAUUUCAGUCUGAAGCCAGGUAUUUCAAAUUUGCCACAUAACUUUAUGAACAUCUGUACAACUGUGUCACACAUUUAAAUUAGAAUAUACACUAUAUAAAAACUGUUAUUCCAUCUUCUUUUUUAUCUUAAAUUACUGUAUUCGCUAAUUGAUAACAAUAUUUAAUUUUAGAUUUAUUAAAGUGUCACGGGUUUCUGAUUAUAAAAGGAAUAGACUGCUUUUUACUUUAUAAUUUACUUCCCUAUUCAAUUUUAUGGAAUUCCAUUCUUCAGUUUUUUGUGUCUGGUUAGCAAGGUUAUCCACCCAAGUGUUUGGAAGUAUUUAGAUCACUUGAACUCAUACUAAUCAAAUCCUGUUUUCCUUUUUAUCUGUAUCUCACUGAUUAAAUUAGAAUCAAUAACACACCGAGACAAGUCCUGGUCAACCGGGGAAUCUGAUGAUAUGUUUGCAAUCUAAUCGCCUUACUUCAAGCUUGAAGUUCAAAAACAUAUGUGGAAUCUUUUAUAAUAUUUACCCAAAAAGUGCAAUGGCUCAGAACAAACUUCACACGAAUAAUGAGGAUGGAACAUUGCAAGACCUUAAAUUUGAUAAUCUUGCUCUACGAGAACUUCCAGUUGACACAAGCAGAGUCCCUGGCUCUCGUCAAGUGAGUGGUGCUUGCUUUUCACUUGUCACUCCAACACCUGUCAAGUCUCCCAAAGUGGUGGGAGUCUCCAAAUCUGCAUUGUCUCUUCUAGACUUGAGUGAUAACGCAAUAGAGUCAAAAGAUUUUGCCGAAUACUUCAGUGGAAAUAAAAUUAUGAGUGGGAGCGAGCCAGCUUCACAUUGCUAUUGUGGGCAUCAAUUUGGGUAUUUUUCUGGUCAAUUAGGCGAUGGGGCUGCAAUGUACCUUGGCGAAGUUGUCAAUAAGAGCAAACAGAGAUGGGAACUUCAGCUAAAAGGAUCGGGAUUAACUCCUUAUUCACGUACUGCUGAUGGAAGGAAAGUGUUAAGAUCAUCCAUAAGAGAAUUUUUGUGCAGUGAAGCAAUACAUAAUCUUGGUAUACCCACAACAAGAGCAGGUAGUUGCAUUACAUCAGAUUCGAGGGUGAUUCGAGACAUAUUUUAUGAUGGAAAUCCUAAAAAUGAACAAUGUACUGUGAUAUCACGUAUUGCAGAAACUUUCAUUAGAUUUGGAUCAUUUGAAAUUUUUAAACCAACAGACGAAGAGACUGGCCGAGCAGGACCUAGUGUUGGUCAGACUGAUCUUUUACACAAAAUGCUGAAAUAUGUUUCCAGUACAUUCUUUCCUGACAUAGUAGAAAGAUUCCCUGACGAAGAAACAAAACUUGUUGAAAUGUAUCGUGAAAUUUGUCAUAAAACUGCCAAACUUGUAGCCAAGUGGCAAUGUGUUGGAUUUUGUCAUGGCGUAUUGAACACCGAUAAUAUGAGCAUAGUUGGUCUAACUAUCGAUUAUGGACCGUUUGGGUUUAUGGAACGAUACGACCCAAAUUAUGUUUGCAAUGGAUCUGAUGAUGGUGGAAGGUACUCGUACAAAAACCAACCUGAUAUAUGUGAAUGGAAUUUGCAAAAGUUGGCUGAAGCGAUCAAGGAAGCGGUUCCGUUAGCAAAAACUACACCAGUCCAGGAAGAUUAUAGAAAGGUAUACGAUGCGGAGUAUAUAUCAAUCAUGAGGCAAAAGUUGGGGCUUUACAAGGAGGGAGAACAAGAUCUAAAGUUGAUUGAAGAUCUACUGAAAACUAUGGAAGAAACCAGCGCCGAUUUUACAAAUACGUUUCGGUCACUAUCUUCUAUGUCUCUUCCGGGAAUGGAAAAUUUUAGUAAAUCCAGAGGGGAGACGAUAAAAUUAGUCUCGUCAACAUGCUUCAACCUUCAAGAGCUGAAAACAAUUUAUAAACCACGAAUGAAUCCGCAGCAACUUCAAUCCAUAUUAGCGCUUGUUCGUGAAAAUCCUGCUUUCUUACAAAUCAUGACAGGCGGAAGAAUGGGAAUGAUUAUGACUGAAAUGAAUAAUCUGGAAAAAAUGGAGAAAUUAGAUGACAUGACAGAAGAUAGUUUGAAAAAGGAAAACGUUGAAAAAUGGACAAAAUGGUUCGAUGAAUAUGAAAAACGGUUAGCCGAUGAAGCAUCCGUUUGUAAUAACCUUGUAAAACUGAAUGAGAAUCGUAUUAUUAUGAUGAAUAAAACGAAUCCUGCAUUUAUUUUGAGAAAUUGCGUUGCACAGAAUGCUAUUGAGGAAGCUGAGAAUGGUAAUUAUGGAGAAGUACAUAAACUGCUCAAUCUAUUGGAACAUCCAUUUGAUGAAAUUCAUGUCACCAAACCUUCAACUCAAGAAAUAGCUGAAACGAGCGCAAGUUGCCAACAAGGAGUGAGCGAUGACGAUAAUCAAACUAUGCAAUAUUCUUUAAAUAAGACGCCUAUGUGGGCAUUACAACUUAAGGUCACCUGAUCCUCUUAGAAACUUUCUUCAUAUUUGUGUUUGGUGAAUAAUAGUAAUAUUGACAUGCUUGUACAAAACUUGCCAAAUAAUGGGAGUCUGCAUUUGCUUCUGCCAUUCAUUCAAUGUGCAUGAAUUUGUUAAUUGUCAUCAUUAUCUUUUAUAAAUGUCAACUAUUAUCCGAUUUCACCAUUCACAUGAUAUUAUUUUGUUGCAGUACUGGUAAUUUCAAUAAAGUUGAAAAACUUAUUGGAUUUUUCAUGAUGGUAAAUUCAUAAACCCGGAUAUGCUGGGAUGUUUUUGCUUGAACCCACUGGUACUGCAGCAUGCUAUUGUGAAUAAGUAAUUCUCUGUUAGAUGCAAUAUAUUUGUUGAAUUAAAACUAUACAUCUCAUU